AUGAGUAACGAAUUGGCACUUGUAGAGAAGGUGGAGCUGCGGCUUGCAUUGGCAGACACAGACGUAAAAUUUGAGUCUGCUUUGAAUUUAUACUUGGCUCCUAUCCUCCUCAAAUUUUCGUCCUCUGAUGUUGCAGUUAGGACUCAAAUCAACAAAAUUGUGAAAUACUUACUCACCAGAAUAAACACUUCAAAUGUCAAGCUUCCUAUAAGGAAUCUUAUAAACCAAGUCAAAUCACCAAACGUGGCAGCGGGUGUAGAUCCUACGGUGGUUCAGUCUUAUACAUUACUCUUCAUCUCCAAAGGAUUGCCUCGCCUUCCAGAGAAAGAAAGACUCGAUUUGAUACCUCUGAUAAUAGAUGGCAUUUCGGCGAUGAAGGAUGUGAUUGCCUCCAGGAUGUUUAAUGUCCUUUGCAAGCUACUCCUAGAUUGGCACGCAGACGACUCACAAAAGGGUGCGUACCUCUCCUCUUGGAAUGUCAACGAAUCUGAUCAGACUUUCCUCAUCAACAAAUUUUCGGAAUUCAUGUUGAUGGGUCCAGUACUUCCCGAUGAGUCUCACAAUAUUCCUCAAAAUCUCACGUUUCCAGGUCUUUCAAGCUCGUCUAUCUCUUUUUUCACCUAUCAGGCAGGCGCAACAUUCGAUCUAGGCACUUUAACGAAUUACAAAAAAGCGAUAUUCAGGUUCUCUGAGGCAAUUUUUCAGAAUUCGGCCACAAUAAUUGCUAUCAUUGCUUCAGCAGAUACCUCAACUUCACUUGCAAAUGACGCCACUUCAUUUUUGAAGAGAAUCCAGGUAAAUUACGAAAGUAAAUCAUUGGUUGAUCAGUUGAUAGAUUUAUUCAUAGGCGAUAGCGAGCGGCCUCCUGCUUCUUUGUAUCUGCAAGAGAAAAUCAUGAAUUUUUGCAGUCAGUCGCAUUUGGCAGCUUCCUCCCCUAAAGCUGCUCAAUUAUGCUCGCUUGGACUGGAGUCUGAUUAUCCGAGGUUGAAACAAUCGACGAUUAAAUUCAUCAAAUGGCUAUCAACUGCCAUGCUGAAAAAUGAAACUAGACACGACGAAACUCUUUGCAAGACCAUUGCUAUUCAGCUAAGAAACAAUCUCGCAAAAGAAGAUGCAACGAACACGACACAGCGUCGUUUUCAAUACGAGGCCUUGGCCGUGGUCUUACGAAGACUUAAAGUUCCGGAAGAUUGUACAUUUGUCAACUUCUUAUUCAAAAUGAUGGAGCACGAAUCUGCUGACCUUAGAUCCAGUAUUCAAGACGCAAUUUCCGCUUUGGCCCCUUUAUUGCCACAAUUACCAUCUGACGAGAAGCAGAAGCUUAUGGAUGUAUUAGAGUCCUAUAUCAAGGAAAUGCCGACAUUUGAAACGAAGGAUAACAUUUUGAGUUGUCGUUAUGCUGCAGUGAAGCUAGUGAAUGCCUGUUUUCCAUUCAGUGAUACAAGGGCCAGAAUCGUGAAUGUUCUUGCGCAAACUCAAUUUGAUAAACCUGAAACUUUAGAGGAAGCAUCCAAAGGAUUGCAUCCUUAUUACUUCUCUUUGAUACAAAACAUCAAAUCGUCUGAGUCGAAAGUGACGGUGGAAUUUCCUGAUUUCGAAUCCCUAGUUCAAGAAGCCCAUCAUAUUGACCACGCUAAUAUUGGUAAGCUAAUGACCUUUGCUUGGAGGUGUCUUGUGAUGCAAGCCAUUAGAGGAUGCGUCACUGUUAUUGUUCCUGAUCAGCAGUGGGAAAUACGACUGGAAAAUGCAUUAGAGUACGAUGAAAAAGUGAAAAGCUUGAUCGUGAAAGAAUUAAAGCGUCUAGAGGAUGAGCCCUUACAGCUGGACCCGCACCUGUCCGUUCUUUCUGUAUUCCUGAAGAUGCAGCUCGAGGUUUUUAUAUCUGAGUCAGGUUUGGAAGCUGGUCGACAAUUGUAUCAGAUCCUCAUAUCAAGUCCUCGGCAAGCACUCUGCAGUACGAUCUCUUCUAUCGAUCGACUCAAAGCCAUUCUCACUGUGUCCCUCUCAGACGAUGUACUGUUGUAUGCUUCCAAAUGUCUGGCUAUCAUCGCUUCUCAGGACACUUUAGAGGAGGAGAAUUUGAAGUCUCUUUUAACUAGCUUAUUGAGCGAUGAUCAAAUCAUGGCUACUUCCUUUUUGAUUUCUCAGUUGGUCUUACGUGGAAAACAAAGGCUUGUUUCAACCGAGCUGUUUGACGAAGUUUUAAUGAAAAUAGAGAAUUACAUUAAUUCUCCAUCUUCGAGGUUUCAUAGAGAAGGCCUCGAAAGCUUGUCACAACUCGCUUCGUAUGGAUGUUUGGGACCGGUUUUAACUUUAUCAUCAAAAGUGAACUCAUACAAGAGUAAGUUUGUUGAAUUGUUAUUGCCUCAAGUGAAAAAGCUUAACGAAAAAGCUGCCAUUGCCAUCUCUUGUGUGAGCCUCUCACUUCCAAUUUCAGAUACAGAAUAUUUGCCCCUGAUCGAGUCUGCGCUAUAUGGGACUCAUAAUUCAAAACAGACAGAGUUUUAUUUCACAGCGGGGGAAGCAUUUAGCAUCCUUGCUGCAGGUGUUCAAUCCAAAGUGGUGGCAAAUAAACUGGACAUCAGAGACGAAUCUUUGAGUCCUCCAUUAGAGCAUGAUGACUCUAGAUUACCAAUUAUAUUGGACACUAUUAUUGAGGCUUGUGCGAAUACAAAGCCUGCUUUGAAAAGAGCAGGAUGUAUUUGGCUUUUGUCACUAGUUCAGCAUUGUGGACACCUUGAGCACCUCCAAAAUAAUUUAGGGUUACUCCAACGCUCGUUCCUGAGGUUUCUGACAGACAAGGACGAAAUCAUACAAGAGUCUGCAACAAGAGGUUUGAGCAUGGUGUAUGAAAUGGGCGAUGCAGAAUUGAAAGAUACGCUGACGCAUGAUUUGCUCAGCUCGUUCACCGAUUCCCGAAAAUCUGCCACCAGUGGAUAUCUUCAUGAGGAAACUGAACUGUUUGAUCCGGGUGUUAUGAAUACAGGUGACAGCUCUGUGUCCACUUACAAAGAUGUUUUAAAUCUUGCUUCCGAAGUCGGGGAUCCCAGCUUGGUCUAUAAAUUUAUGUCCAUUGCCAAAAGUUCUGCUUUGUGGUCGUCUAGAAAAGGUAUAGCUUUUGGCCUGGGCGCAAUAUUGGACAAGUCUAAGCUGGAGACUUUAAUUUCCAAUGAUCAGAAGCUGGCGUCCAGACUGAUUCCAAAACUUUUUAGAUACAGGUUCGAUCCAAGUCCAUCAGUUGCCCAAACUAUGAAUGAUAUAUGGAGUUCUUUGCUUCCAAACUCAAAAGUGAUCACGGACAACUUCGAGACCAUUUUGAGUGAUCUCCUUACAAAUAUGGGAAGCCGCGAAUGGAGAGUGAGACAGGCUUCAGCAGCUGCCAUUCAGGACUUACUUCGCCAUGUCUCAUUCGAAGAGUAUGAGACUCAUUUGGAAAAAAUUUGGACUAUGGCUUUCAGAGUUAUGGACGAUAUCAAAGAGAGUGUGCGGGUGGAGGGAAACUCGCUGACCCGGUAUCUUGCGACAACGAUGGUCAAUAAAAUCUCAAGCACUGAUCAUCAAACCUCGAAUGACUCAAAGAUUCUAUCGCAGCUAGUGCCUUUUCUUUUAGGGUCAAAUGGUCUGUUGAACGAUUCCGAUGAUGUGAAGAAUUUUGCUUUGCAAAUCAUCAUAAAGCUCGCCAGAUCAUCAUCGAUCUUGUUGAAGCCUUAUAUUUGCGACAUGGUUGGGCAAUUGACGAUGAUGAUGUCAUCUAUUGAACCUCAAGUCGUUAAUUAUCUCGCACUAAAUGCGGACAAGUAUAAUAUGAAAUCAGACGAUAUUGAUUCCCAAAGACUUGCCGCGCUUGGUAGCUCCCCUAUUAUGGAAGCAAUUGAACAGUUAAUGAACCUUUUGGAUGAAAACUUGAUGACUGAUUUUAUCGUUCAUCUUUCAGAUGCGGUGAAGAAGUCUGUUGGAUUACCGUCCAAAGUGACAGGGUCGAAAAUCAUCAUCACUCUCAUCACCAGACAUUACAUUAUUUCGCAGACACAUGGGGACGACUUUCUCAAAAUUUGCAUGAGUCAACUGAAAGACAGAAAUGAAACUGUGUCGAAGUCCUACGCUAUUUCCGCUGGAUACUGUGUACGUAUAGCCUCACUGAAAAAAAUCGAUAGUUUGGCGAAGAGGUUGAAAGCGUACUAUUUUGAAGCUGGUGAUAAUGAAAAACUCAAAUUGCUUUCCGCCAGCGCUUCGGAAUCCAUUUCCAAGUACUCUGGUGAUAAGUUUCAGUCAAUUGCAGUCAGCUUUCUUCCCUUGAUUUUUGUUGGAAAGCAUGACCCUGUCAAGGAGGUUUCCGAUUUAUUCACUACAGCAUGGGAAGAUUCUUCCUCUGGAGGAAGUGGGCCAAUCAAGCUCUAUCUUAAAGAAAUAAUUGAGCUCAUCAUGUCCCACAUUAAUUCUACCGAUUUACAGAUUAGACAGAGUAUUGCUCUCUCAAUUAUUGAGAUUGUGGACAAAUUGGGACCAGAGAUCGGCUCACUGGGUAACUACCUAGGCCAGCUCUAUGAAAUCCUCAUUGUGUCUCUUAGGGGCAGGUCUUACAAAGGUAAGGAGAAUUUGUUGAGAUCGCUGGUUCUUUUAGCUACUAAGACCCCAAAUUAUCUCCAUGAGACGGAGAACAUACAGACUUUUGAUCAGGUCAAGCGUUGUAUUUUAGUUGAAGCUAGACGGAAAAACAAGGAAUACGCAAUUCACAGCGUACAAUCGCUGGGUAUUUUCUUGGGAACUUUCCCAGACGAGGAAAUGUAUGAAGAAUAUUUGGGCUUGAUUGACUUAUUCAUCCAACCGAAGCCAAAGAAUGAGUCGGAUAUGGAUACGGAUUCGGAAGACGAUGCUACAAAGUCAAACAAAAAAGCCAAGGACGCUCGAUUGGAAGAAAUGAAGAUUCAGCUACUCGAAAACCAAUCGAGCGCAUUGAACCUUGCCGAGCCCAACAGAAACCUUUGUGAGCACAUUAUGAAAAACCUAGUUGAAUAUUUUGACGAUGAUCGUUACCAGCAAACCUAUAAAACUCAAUUGGCUAUAAUUAAAGGUUUCGCAAAACUUUUGAAGUCUUUCGAAAUCUUGGACGAUGACUUGAAGAAGCAAAUGUUUGACAUUUGGAUCACUAUUUCAACAAAUUGUGCCAACAGAGAAAACCUUCAAAAUGUUUUGAUUGCAUUCAUUAGGGCUACCAGCGAGUUUGCGAGAGUUUGCCCCGCCGUUUCUGAAACCUGUAAGAAAAAGCUUGAAGAAGUGGCCUCUUUGGAAAUUAACUCCGUGGUCAACAUGGAGAUUAGCAAUGCAUUAAACAAAUGA